AUGGAUGUGCUCGGCCCCGGACAGGGCAAUAACACCACGUCGUCCCAGGGUCCCUUCGGGACACGCGGCAACGCUACUGGCAUCUCCGACGUGACCUUCAGCUAUCAAGUAAUCACCUCUCUAGUGCUGGGCACGCUCAUCUUCUGCGCGGUGCUGGGCAAUGCGUGCGUAGUGGCGGCCAUCGCCCUGGAGCGCUCCCUGCAGAACGUGGCGAACUAUCUCAUAGGCUCGCUGGCCAUCACCGACCUCAUGGUGUCGGUGCUGGUGCUGCCCAUGGCCGCGUUGUACCAGGUGCUCAACAAGUGGACUCUGGGACAGGUCACCUGUGACCUGUUCAUCGCCCUCGACGUGCUUUGCUGCACCUCGUCCAUUCUGCACCUGUGCGCUAUCGCGCUGGAUAGAUACUGGGCCAUCACCGACCCCAUCGACUACGUGAACAAGAGGACGCCCCGGCGCGCAGCCGCGCUCAUCUCGCUCACCUGGCUCAUUGGCUUCCUCAUCUCCAUCCCGCCCAUGCUGGGCUGGCGCACCCCGGAAGACCGCUCGGACCCGGACGCGUGCACCAUCAGCAAGGACCACGGCUACACUAUUUACUCCACCUUCGGCGCGUUCUACAUCCCUCUGCUGCUCAUGCUGGUUCUCUACGGGCGCAUCUUUCGAGCCGCGCGAUUCCGCAUCCGCAAGACAGUCAAGAAGGUGGACAAGAAGGCAGCCAACCACCGCCUAGCGGCGUCGCCGGCCCCGCAGCCCAGAAAGAGCGUGAGUGGUGAGUCGGAUAGCAGAGACUGGAGGCAGGGCACGGAGAACAAGGUAACAGGGGCUCCGUGCGCCAAUGGAGCCGUGAGGCAGGGCGAAGAAGGCGCCGCCCUGGAGGUGAUCGAAGUGCACCGGGUGGGCAACUCCAAAGAGCACCUUCCGCUGCCCAGCGAAGCCGGUGCUGUCCCCUACGUCCCCGCCUCCUUCGAGAAGAAGAAUGAGCGCAACGCCGAGGCCAAGCGCAAGAUGGCCCUGGCCCGCGAGAGGAAGACGGUGAAGACUCUGGGCAUCAUCAUGGGCACCUUCAUCCUCUGCUGGUUGCCCUUCUUCAUCGUGGCCCUAGUCCUGCCCUUCUGCGAAAGUAGCUGCCACAUGCCUACCCUGUUGGGGGCCAUAAUCAACUGGCUGGGCUAUUCCAACUCUCUGCUUAACCCUGUCAUUUACGCCUACUUCAACAAGGACUUCCAAAACGCGUUUAAGAAGAUCAUCAAGUGCAAGUUCUGCCGCCGAUGA